UUAAAGCCGGAAAGACGUCGUCGUCGAAUCGUCUGCGUUUUGCCUUUAGUUUUAGUUUUACACCGCUUACGUCUGCGGUUGCGUCUGCGCUCGGGCUCAAAAGUUAACCAGUUUUGAAUCGAAUUUCGCUUUCAGUUUCGUUUGAGACACGCGGAGAAAAAGAAGCAGCGGCGUGUCCACACAUAAAGUGCAGUGAGUAAGCGACGUGCGAAGACAGUUUGGCUUGAGCUUAUGAAUCGCUGACGUGAGCAGCGGGAUUUUCCACAUUUUCCCUCCAACUCCACAGCCAAAAUGCAAUUGCUAUGGGAGCCGCGAAGUGUGCAAUGGAAAAUUGCAAUUCUAAUUAUCGCAUUAGUCCUCGACGUGUCCUGCAUAAGAAAUGGCAACGGUGAUGAACAGCAGAUAUCCGCAAAGCUGAAAAACUUCUUUCCCUCGGAGCAGAUCCCAGAGGAACGGAAUCCACCAGAAACUUCAGCCAGAGUGACAACGGGCGGAGGAUUCCGACCCUCUCAAAUGCUGGACUUUACCCCCUCGGAUGUGAUGCCCCAGGCGGGAUUGAAUCGCUAUCCCCCAAGCUAUUUGGAACCCAACUAUAAGCAUGAUGUGACCAGUUCACUGAGACAGCAGGCUGCAUUGGACAAACAGUUCUCCUUCCCCCAGGAAUCCCAUUCGGUGUUCCAGAGCACACCGCUGCCCACUACGCCGGUAGUUAGCUACCUGGAUCCGUAUACCCAGCAGAACUAUCGGUACACACCCACUCCACCUUCCAUAAUUCAGUAUCAAAGAGAGCAGCCAGCUCAAGAUGAUCAGGUGUACACCGUACAGUCUUCCUUGCUGGUGGGAAAUCAUCAGCAGAACCAUCAGCAGCCGCAUCCUGGCCACGUGGAGGAUGUAUAUCUCAAGCGACCUGGCUACGUCUUCGAUGAAAGCCCCGCCCCUUCAUAUCGACGACCCACAAGGCCACCGCCUUCGCUCCCGGCUCCACCUACCACCGCCUCCCACAAAAUCUCCUAUGAUAGCCAUGAUUACCCACCGCCCAGCUAUGCGGCUGAGCAGACUUCCAAUUUCGUGCCCCAGCAGCCAAAGCAGCGACCACUGUACCAACGCCAAGACAUCAAUGCAAAUCGAGGGGGAGUUGGUGGUGGAGCAGGAGGAGCGGGUGGUCUAGGCGGAGCAGGUGGAGUGCCACCUCCAGGCUCGUCUAAUUAUGCAAACAACUUUGAUAAUUAUUCGCAGCGGCCGAAGCCACUGCAGACGCAGAUACAGAACCCCAACCAGAUACAGACGCAGUUUGGUAACUAUCAAUUCAAGCCACAGAAUGGAGGAGGAGGAGCAGGAGGAGGUGGUCCCGGAUCUGGACUACCUCAGCGACCCAGACCGGGACACAAUUACUACGAGUACCAAAUUGGCGAGAUACCGCCACCGCAGUCCCAGCACUUCCAGCAGCCACAGCAGCAGCAGUUCAACUAUCGUCCUGCCACUCAGUCAUCGGGUGGUGGAGGAGGUGGUUCUGGAGGCGGAGUGGGCGGUGGUUUGGCUACUCUGGCCUCGCUGUAUGCACCACAAUUUACGAAUCUGCUCUUGGGAGGAGGUGGUUCCCCAUCCGCAUCCUCGCAGUCGGCCAGCCCAUUAGGUAGUCUCCUCGGCGCUUUCACCGGGACACAAGGAGCAGGACAGCAAACAGGAUUUCUGGGAGGAGGAGGAGGAAGACCGCCCAACACACAACUCAUUAGGGCACUGGAGAACAUCGCUCGCAACGACGAUUUGCAGUGCGUGCCCAAGGUGCUCUGCCAGAUGAUUGCCGGUCAAACGUUACGUGGCCAAUUGCCCGGAUUCGUUACCUCCCCUGCCAUAACCAAUUUCCUGGCUGGAUUCCCUGUGGCCUCACCAGCUCUCAUUUAUGGAAGAGCUGCCCUUCUUGGGCUGAGUGGUGGGGAAAGAAGUUGCAUCCAGACCUACGAGAAGUGUCCUAAAAAUGAUAUGGAAAUAAUUCACUAUUUGAACAAUCAUCGUGGUGGCUUCUUCAAGUUCUUUAGCGAGCCAGAGGAGAAGCCUGUGGCCUCGCAGCAAUCAGAUGGAGGCACAGGAUCCUUGUUCAGCAUUCUCUCAGCCUUGACUGGAGGCGGUGGUGGAGGAGGUCAAAGUUACACCACUCCGCGACCAGUGCCCAAACCCACUCAGCGACCCUCCACCGAUAUAGCCAGCGGCAUCGGAAGCUUCUUCACCCAGGUGCUAUCCGAAUACCUAAAUGGAGUGGAGUAUCAGAGGAGGAGAAGGAGAAGGAGUAUUCAUAUGGACGAUGACUUUCACGACGAAGAGGACAACCUGGACACCCAAAUGAGUCAGUUGGUGAAGUUUCAGGAUGAUGAGGAAGAGGAGGAAGCCAAGGCCCAUACAGAACUCAUAGGCGUCCUGCAAUUUCCCGAAGACGAAGGUGAAGGUCGGGUGGUUAACUUCAAGGACAUUCAAAGCGAGGAGCAACACGAAGAAGGAUCUAUUCGAUUUCCAGAUCCCACACCAGCUGAUGCUAUCAGGGAGUUUAACCGCGAUGCUGCCCAACGAAAGCUGCGAUUUCCUCAGGAUGAGGAUGAACCAUCUGAAAAUGUUAGAAAAGCCAAGAACUUGUCCUUCAUGGAUGGAUGGAAGGUUGUUCUGCCAAAUGGUCUUUCCCAGUCUGACAUUGGCGGGGACAAGCGCAGAGGAAAACGCAUUGUGUUCAGGGAUACCAACGACCAUCUGGAUGAGCAGAGGUUGCAGGAGGAAAGGAUCAGAGAGGAUGAGCAGUUCAGGGAGGCUGAGUUGAGGGAAGAAAGAAUCCUGCAGGAUCAAAUCAGGGAGCAGCAGUUAAGGGAAGAGCGAUUUCGGGAAGAUCAAAUCAGGGAGCAGCAACUCAGAGAAGAUCAAAUACGGGAAGAACAACUCCGAGAAGACAGAAUCCGACAGGAACAGCUCGAGAUCCUUCGUAUCCGUGAGGCUGACACACAUAACCAACAGUCCUUCAAGGAAGAGACUCCUCCUCCAAAUGCUGUCUACGAUGAUGCAGCUCCACCGCAACGUGGAGCCCGUGUUAUCUUUCCCGAUCACUACGAACAGCAUAUAAGGAAGGGCAAGAUCCUUAAUAGACCGACCUAUGCUCCCACCUACGAAUAUAACGAGAUUGGAGAGGCCAAGGAGGACCGACUGGUGGUCAGCGAUAAACAGAGGCCUCAUAACCACUACCGACUGGAGGGGGGAUUCAAUAACUUGAACUAUGGUGAAUACAUGCCGGGAAACACGGUUCGUUUUGAGAGCCCAACGAAUGAGAGACCCCACUACAACUAUCCUAAUGCCAACUACAUCAGCGAUAAUCGUUAUGGAAGCAGUCAAAACCAGAAGCCACAUUACGAAGAUGACAAAAAUAUUUAUGUGACCAACUCGCAGGGUGUUAAUGAGUACUACAUUCGUCCGGAUGGCAGUAAGGUCUAUCUAAAAACAGGUUAGGUUUAAGUAAUAAUUACCUUUUGAUUACAAAUCUUAAAA